CGGAGAGAAGUUUGUGCCAGUGUUUUACAAGAUGGAGAAAUACCAGAGGAUCCGGGUGGUCGGCCGAGGGGCAUUUGGGACUGUGCACCUCUGUCUGAGAAAAGCAGACCAAAAGCUGGUGAUCCUCAAACAAAUACCUGUGGAGCAGAUGACCAAAGAUGAGCGACUUGCAGCCCAGAAUGAAUGUCAAGUGCUGAAACUAUUAAGUCAUCCAAACAUCAUUGAAUACUAUGAGAAUUUCUUAGAAGACAAGGCUCUUAUGAUUGCAAUGGAGUACGCUCCCGGUGGUACCUUAGCCGAAUACAUCCAGAAACGCUGUAAUUCACUUCUAGACGAAGACACUAUUCUUCACUUCUUCGUCCAGAUCCUCCUUGCCCUUCACCAUGUGCACAACAAGCUCAUUCUUCACCGGGACCUGAAAACCCAGAACAUCCUGCUGGAUAAACAUCAGAUGAUUGUCAAGAUUGGAGACUUUGGCAUUUCGAAAAUUCUCAGUAGUAAGAGCAAGGCUUAUACAGUUGUGGGAACUCCAUGUUACAUCUCUCCAGAACUAUGUGAAGGAAAGCCUUACAACCAGAAAAGUGACAUCUGGGCACUUGGAUGUGUCCUCUAUGAACUUGCAAGUCUUAAGAGGGCAUUUGAGGCACCAAACUUGCCAGCCUUAGUGCUGAAGAUCAUGAGUGGGACUUUUGCCCCCAUAUCUGACCGAUACAGUCCUGAACUCCGACAGCUAAUACUUAGCAUGCUGAAUCUGGACCCUUCCAAACGACCCCAGCUGAAUGAGAUCAUGGCUCAUCAUAUCUGCAUACCUGCGCUUCUCAACCUUUACAGUGACAUUGGCAGUGUCAAAAUGAGGUUAGAGAAGCCUCUGGCGGCAAUGCUUGCAGUGACCCGUGGCCGGCCAGCUGGAAGGAUCCCCAGUGCCAGAUCCCGAGGUGGCCGUGUUGGGUAUUCUCCUGCGAAAACAGGCAUUCCUCCCCCACUGUCCUCAGUCUACACAUGGGGAAGUGGGAUCACCUCCCCUCUCCGCCUGCCAAUGCUGAAUACAGAGGUGGUCCAGGUAUCAGCUGGAAGGACACAGAAAGCUGGAGUCACCAAGUCUGGAAGGCUCAUAAUGUGGGAGGCGCCCCCUAUGGGAACUGGUGCACCUUCACUUCCCGGUGCUGUAGAACAUGCUCAGCCUCAGUUUAUCUCACGAUUUCUUGAGGGUCAGUCUGGUGUCACCAUCAAACACGUGUCAUGUGGAGAUCUCUUUACUGCCUGCCUCACAGACAGAGGCAUAAUUAUGACCUUUGGCAGUGGAAGCAAUGGUUGCUUGGGACAUGGUCAUUUUAAUGAUGUCACUCAGCCUAAGAUUGUAGAAGCUCUCCUAGGUUAUGAGAUAGUUCACGUUUCCUGCGGGGCUUCACAUGUCCUUGCUGUUUCUAAUGAGAAAGAAGUGUUUUCCUGGGGCCGCGGGGACAAUGGAAGACUGGGGUUAGGCAGCCAAGAGUCUCAUAACUCCCCUCAGCAGGUGGUAAUCCCACAGGACUACGAACCCCAGAAAGUUGUAUGUGGCAUUGACAGUUCUAUGAUUCUGACUCUAGGCAACCAGAUCUUGGCCUGUGGCAGUAACAGGUUUAACAAGCUAGGCCUAGAUAAGAUUACAACUGUUAGUGAAGCACCAUCUGAGGACCAAAUGGAAGAGACCUACAUCUUCAUCCCUGUCCAAUCAGCCCCUCUGCAUCUGGAGACCAUUCUGUGGGCAGAUGUAGGCACUUCCCACUCAGCUGUAGUAACAGCCCGCGGACAGUGCUAUACCUUUGGCAGCAAUCAACACGGACAGCUGGGCACCAGCGCUCACCGAAACAGUAGAGUGCCCUAUCUGGUCAGUGCACCACAAGGGUUAAAGGUGACAUUGGUGGCAUGUGGUGAUGCCUUCACAGUAGCUGUUUGUGCAGAUGGCCAAGUCUUCACAUGGGGGAAAGGAGCCAGAGGUCGACUAGGACGCAGAGACGAGGGCACUGAGGUACCUAAAAUGGUUCAACUGGAGGAGAGCCACCCCUAUACAGUAACUUCAGUGGCAUGUUGCCAUGGUAACACUCUCCUGGCGGUUAAACCGGGCAUAGAAGACGUGUCUGUGUGAGAGGCGGACGUCAAGACCAACAUCAUGAGCUGGAAAUAUCAAAAAGGGUUUGGCUGACCUCCUCUGACAGACCACCUCUAAAAAAGAGUCUAAUGACAUGACACCCCCUGCCAGAUAUCAUUAGCGUUUGGGUCACGUACCAUUUGUUGCCUGUUGAAGAACAAACUAUCCGGACCUGUGGCAAAACCAUAAAGGGCCGGUAGGCCUGAAUUACAACUUGGUCAAUAU